AUUGUUAGAUAUAACUUGAAGUUUAUGUUUGUAUUUUGUAUACAUAAAUAUUAUGUAUUUUUUUAAUAUAAAAGUUGCAGCGUUGUGAAAUAACAUAGGAGUGGAUAUCUAAUAUGAAGGCGCACAUCAGCAUCAUCUUCUGCUUCGUAGCAGUAACAUUCUGUGCUGAAUUCAAACUCAAAACAGAUGCUCAAGACACUGCAACAGGUGGAGUAUCUCGAAACUUUCAAACUGAGCGGAAAAAGCUAAUCAGAGAAAAACAAGAUAUAGUAAAUGAGAAACCUCAUGGAAAUCAAGGUACUGAUCAAGAUUGGAACGCUUACAGGCAGAAAUGGAACGAAUAUGGACAGAAAUGGGACGCGCACCACGCUAGACAAGAAGCAGGAACAUUAAGUAAUAAUAGAAAUAAAAGAGAUGUCCAAGAAUCUACAACAGAUGAAGAAAAGCAAAUUAUAAUAAACGAGAAACCUCAUGGAAAUCAAGGUACUGAUCAAGAUUGGAACGCUUACAGGCAGAAAUGGAACGAAUAUGGAAAUAAGUGGGACGGGUACCAUACUAGACGGAAUACACAGAGUGAAAAAAGAGAAAAAAGAGAUGUACAAGAGUCUACAACAGAUGCCAACUUGGAAACUGAGCGUAGAAAGCUAAUCAGAGAAAAACAAGAUAUAGUAAAUGAGAAACCUCAAGGAAAUAAAGAAACUGAUCAAGAUUGGAACGCUUACAGUCAGAAAUGGAACGAAUAUGGAAAGAAAUGGGACGCGCACCACGCUAGACAAGAAGCAGGAACAUUAAGUAAUAAUAGAAAUAAAAGAGAUGUCCAAGAAUCUACAACAGAUGAAGAAAAGCAAAUUAUAAUAAACGAGAAACCUCAUGGAAAUCAAGGUACUGAUCAAGAUUGGAACGCUUACAGGCAGAAAUGGAACGAAUAUGGAAAUAAGUGGGACGGGUACCAUACUAGACGGAAUACACAGAGUGAAAAAAUAGAAAAAAGAGAUGUACAAGAGUCUACAACAGAUGCCAACUUGGAAACUGAGCGUAGAAAGCUAAUCAGAGAAAAACAAGAUAUAGUAAAUGAGAAACCUCAAGGAAAUAAAGAAACUGAUCAAGAUUGGAACGUUUACAAGCAGAAAUGGAACGAAUAUGGAAAGAAAUGGGACGCGCACCACGCUAGACAAGAAACAGGAACAUUAAGUAAUAACAGAAAUAAAAGAGUUGUACUCGUACAAGAAUCUACAAGAGAUGAAGAAAAGUAAAUUAUAAUAAACGAGAAACCUCAUGGACAUAAAGGAAAUGAUAAAGAUUGGAACUCUGCACGGCAUUUGUAAUGACAA